AUGUGCAAGGCAGACAUCUCUUACCUCCUCAACUCGUCUACCACGGAAGACUGUGCUGGUUUCGACAACAGCCCUGAGCCGAACUCGCCUCAAUUAUCCGGUGUUUCUCGCCAUCACAAGACCCACACUCCUCCGUGCCAGGUCGACGGGUGCAAGAACUUUGCCGUCUCUCGUGGUCACUGUGUGCGCCACGGUGGCGGAUCCAAGUGCACCAUGUCCGGUUGCAAUAAACGUGCCAAGUUGUACCAGCGCUGCUUCCAGCACGGUGGCUACAAAAUGUGCACGGAACCUUGUUGCACCAAGAAGGCCAAGCGCUACGGCCAUUGCUGGUCACACGGCGGCGGUGGCCUGUGCUGGGCCCAUGGAGGUGGCAAUCGCUGCAAGCACGAGAGUUGCAACCGUCGUUCGUAUCAGAAGUACAACUACUAUUGCAAACGCCACAUCGAGUCUACCACUAUUUACUGA